GUAUGAUUUAGCUGCGGAAUGUGCUGAUGAUGAUGAUGCAAAGCUUUCUAUCAAUGAGUUGAGAAAGGAAGUGGUCGCAGAACUGAAAAUGCAUGAUUUGUUUGUUAAGGAAUGGGAUCCCGAGGUUGGGAAAGAAUAUCCUGUCAGUCCUGCUACAGUCAAAUACACCGAUUUUUUGCUGGCAACGGCAUCCGGUAAGAUUGAAGGAGCCAAAGGUCUUGGUAAUAUUGAAACCCCAUUUGAAAAAACAAAGGUUGCUGCCUACACUCUUGGUGCCAUGACGCCUUGUAUGAGGCUGUACGCCUAUAUAGCAACUGAGUUUAAGGGAAUUCUUCGUGGUGACCUCAGUGAUCACCUCUACAAGAAGUGGAUUGAAAACUACUCAUCUAAAGGUUUUCAGGAAGCCGCUGAGAAAAUGGAAGACGUGCUUGAGAAACUAUGUGCAACUUUGACUGGUGAAGAGCUUGGCAUCAUUGAAAAGCUUUAUCACCAAGCUAUGAAACUUGAGCUGGAGUUUUUCUGCUCUCAGCCUGUUAAGCAGAAGACUGUAGUUCCUCUUAUUAAGGAUCAUAAUCCUGCAGAGGAACGGUUGAUGCUCUUUUCUGAUUAUGAUUUGACUUGCACGGUUGUUGAUUCUUCUGCCAUUCUGGCAGAGAUAGCAAUAGUAAGAGCUCCAAAACCCGAUCAAAUUCAACCCGAAGACCAAAUUCCUCGAAUGUCAUCAACCGACCUCAGAAACACAUGGGGUGCUAUUUCCAGGCAAUACACAGAAGAGUAUGAGGAAUGCAUAGACAGAAUUAUGCCCUCUAGUACCGUGGAAUUCAAAUAUGAAGAUCUGUGUACAGCUCUUGAGCAGCUCUCUGAUUUCGAGAAAAGGGCGAAUAAUAGGGUCAUCGAGUCUGGAGUACUUAAGGGCUUAAAUUUUGAAGAUAUAAGACGAGCUGGUGAACAUCUUAUUAUACAAGAUGGUUGUUUUAAUUUCUUCGGAAGUAUUAGUAAGAAAGAAAAUGUCAAUGUUGGUAUCCACAUACUGUCUUACUGUUGGUGCGGGGAUCUCAUUAGGUCGUCUUUUAAUUCAGGUGGUUUACUACCUGUGGUGAGUAUACAUGCCAAUGAAAUCGUCUUUGAAGAAGCAGUUUCUACUGGUGAUCUAGUAAAGAAAGUGGAAUCUCCCAUUGAUAAGGUCAAAGCUUUCAAAAAAAUCUUAGACAGCUCCAGCAGUGAUAAAAAGAACUUCAGUAUAUACGUUGGAGACUCGGUCGGUGACUUGCUUUGUCUGCUGGAAGCAGAUGUAGGAAUUGUUAUCGGGUCAAGUUCCAGUCUAAGGAGACUGGCAACUCGAUUCGGAGUCUCUUUUGUUCCAUUGUUCCCCAACGUGGUAAAGAAACAGAAGGGUCUCACCGAAGAGACACGGCGCAAUUGGAAAGGAUUGUCUGGUGUCCUCUACACUGUCAAUACUUGGGCUGAAAUACAUGCCCUCGUCCUGGGAUGCUAGAACCAAGCUUUUUUAGUGGUUCUCGUUCACAUUGUCGAUUAUAAAGAUACGACGUUGAUGGCAAAUUUUAUAGGGCCAACAACACCAUUUCAUUGUUGUCGUCUUGUCCGUCCUCCUUCGUCCAUUUAGUGAAUCUGAACUUGCCAACGGUUUUGUGUACACAAGGUAGCUGUGAGGAAGGAUGGAGAAGCCAAUUAUUUUGAAACAAAAAAGUUUCUGUCAAUAUAAACUCUGUAUCCAUUGGUUGGUUAGGUGCUGUUGUUCUAUAUUUUGGGAUGAAUGGCAGUUUACAGAAAAAAGACGAUUGUAAUUUUCUACAUGUUCAAUGAAAAAGCAUAUUACUUGUUGAUUGAA